AUGCUGAAGAAGCUCCUGGAACCUGGGUUCAUGGAGAUGUCUGACUCCGCUUGGGCUUCUCCUAUCGUGAUUGUCCUUAAGCAAAAUGGAGUCGACAUUCGCAUGUGCAUCGACUAUCGUCUGGUAAACAGUUUCAUUGAGCUGUCAAAUUAUCCGUUGCCGCUGAUUGAUGAUCUCCUGGUGGGCUUCGAGCAGUCAUGUGGUUUGUCAUUAGACAUGGCUAGCUGA